UUCCAGGCCUUAGCAGAGGGAAUAAAAGCACCGGGAUUCAGGAAUCCAGCCAGGUGGACCACCAGGAGCGCUGGCAAGAGGACCUAGCAUUCCCGGACCUCCAGAGUCUCGACUUACAAAUCAAUCCAUUUACGUCCUCUGCGGACGCCGUCAGGCUCCGCCUGCUAGUAGGGCCCACCAUCCUCCUAAAGUGAACUCCUGUUGCUCUGAUUGGCUGCCGGGGCCCUGCCCACGCCACGUGACGGGGAGUGCUAGGCAGAGGGCUGGCAGGCACACAUCAGACUGUGGGCGCGAUGUGGGUCAGCAGCGUGUGGCGGGCGACGCUGUCCACCGGCCGCCGCGGGUACUCAGCGCUGGAGCAGCUGCGCGGCAUCCUAGACCGCGAGCUGGAAGGAAUCCGCGAGGCCGGCACCUGGAAGAGUGAGCGGGUGAUCACGUCCCGCCAGGGACCCAGCAUCCGCGUGGACGGCAUCUCAGGAGAAAUCCUCAACUUCUGUGCCAAUAAUUACCUGGGCCUGAGCAGUCAUCCCGAGGUGAUCCAGGCAGGCCAGCAGGCCCUGGAAGAUUUUGGAGCGGGCCUCAGUUCUACUCGAUUCAUCUGUGGGACCCAGAGCAUCCAUAAGGAACUAGAAGCCAAGAUAGCCCAGUUCCACCAGCGUGAAGACGCCAUCCUCUACCCCAGCUGUUUUGAUGCCAACGCUGGCCUAUUUGAGGCUCUGCUGACCCCAGAGGAUGCAGUCCUGUCAGAUGAGCUCAACCACGCUUCCAUCAUUGACGGCAUCCGGCUGUGCAAGGCUCACAAGUACCGUUACCGCCACCUGGACAUGGCUGACCUAGAAGCUAAACUGAAGGAGGCUCAGAAGCACCGGCUGCGCCUGGUGGCCACAGAUGGAGCCUUCUCCAUGGAUGGCGACAUCGCUCCUCUACAGCAGAUCUGCCGCCUCGCCGCUCAAUACGGCGCCCUGGUCUUUGUGGAUGAAUGCCACGCCACUGGGUUUCUUGGACCCACCGGACGGGGCACAGAUGAGCUUCUUGGUGUGAUGGACCAGGUCACCAUCAUCAACUCCACUCUGGGGAAGGCACUGGGUGGAGCAUCAGGGGGCUAUACCACAGGGCCUGAGCCUCUGGUGUCUCUGCUACGGCAGCGUUCUCGGCCCUACCUCUUCUCCAACAGUUUGCCCCCUGCUGUUGUCGGCUGUGCUUUUAAGGCUCUGGACCUGCUCAUGGGGAGCAACGCUAUUGUCCAGUCUAUGGCUGCCAAGACCCGGCGGUUCCGCAGUAAGAUGGAAGCUGCUGGCUUCACUAUCUCAGGAACCGAUCACCCCAUCUGCCCUGUGAUGCUGGGCGAUGCCCGGUUGUCAUCUCAAAUGGCAGAUGACAUGUUAAAGAGAGGCAUCUUUGUCAUCGGAUUCAGCUACCCUGUGGUCCCUAAGGACAAGGCCCGGAUCCGCGUACAGAUCUCAGCGGUACACAGUGAGGAAGACAUUGACCGCUGUGUGGAGGCCUUUGUGGAGGUGGGGCGGUUACAUGGAGCUCUGCCCUAAGCUCUGGGUAGGGACCAGCAGAGCCUAAGUGCCUCAGGGGCCCUCUGGUCAGCCCAGCCUAGAGGCUCUGACUUCUAGAAUCAGACGUCGAGAGCCUGGUUGUAAAUGGGUCUGUACUUGCAGUUGGAGAGAUAACAAUGUGGAAAUUGGCUAU